AUGGCAGCCGCAGCCUCAUCGGCUGGCGCUGCCAUUUCAUCGAUGAUAACAUUGAUGAGAAAACAAAGUUUCCGUAACGAUUUUGGACCAUUAAUGGAUUAUAAUCAAGAAGAUUCAACGAGUAGUAAUCUUGAAUGGAUGAACAAACCAUAUAUUAAAAAUAUUUAUCGUCUUACUGGUCUUCUAAGUUUUAUUUCAACAUGUAUGAAUACACCUAAAACAUUUGAAUAUCAUCCAUUUCUUCAAUAUGAAACAUUUAUUAUUGAUAUAACAUGUGCAGCAAUAUUAACAAUUGAAGCUAUUGUCAAAAUAAAAACACGUGGAUUAUUAAAAAACGAAUCCUCGUAUUUACGAGAUCGAUGGAAUCAUUUUGAUGCUAUUAUGGUUUUAAAUAUUUAUUUUUCUAUUAUUUUACAAGCAUUGGAAUUAACUAGUAUUGUUAAUAAUUAUUCAUAUUUUACAAUAAUACGUUCACCACGACCUUUUAUUCUUGUUAAAGUAUUAAAAACAUUUCUUAAAUUUGAAUUACCUAAUAAUCAAAUUAAAUCAAUUCUUCAGCGUUCGAGUUCACAAAUUUAUAAUGUAACCAUGUUUUUCCUAUUCUUUAUGAGUUUAUAUGCCAUAUUAGGUGUACAAUUUUUUGGAUCACUUACAUUCCAUUGUGUUAGGAACGAUACUGAUUUAAAUAAUGUGAUGAAAAAAGAUUUAAUGAUACCAGAUACAUAUUGUUCACCAACAAAAGAUGGUUUUCAUUGUCCAGAACAUUUUGUUUGUAAAAAAAUAGAUAUACAAAGAAAUUUACGUGGUUAUAAUGGUUUUGAUGAAUUAGCAACAAGUUUUUUUUCUGUUUAUGAAUCUGCAAGUCAAGAAGGAUGGGUUUUUCUUAUGUAUCGUGCAAUUGAUAGUUUACCAUCAUGGCGUGCAUUUUUUUAUUUCAUUACAUUAAUUUUCUUUCUUGCAUGGCUUGUAAAAAAUGUAUUUAUUGCCGUUAUUAUUGAAACUUUCGCGGAAAUUCGUGUUCAAUUUCAACAAAUGUGGGGUUCACGAGGCGCACCAUCUGAUAUAGAAUCAACAAAAAUACUACAAAAAGCGGAUGAUAGUACAUUAAAAUUAGUUAAUAUUGAUGAAAAUAAAAAGAAAGGUGUUGCACCAGCUAUAUGUUUAAAAAUUGUUCAAUCAUCUGCAUUUACAACAAUGGUUAUGAUUGUUGUACUUGCUAAUACAAUAUUUACUGCAACUAUCAAACAUACACAUAAUGAAAGAGUUGAUCGAGAAAAUCGUGAAAUUUAUCAUAAAAUUGAGACAUUAUUUACUAUAUUUUUUGAUUUGGAAGCACUUUUUAAAAUUUUUUCAUUGGGUUUUAAAAAUUAUAUUCGUCGAUCAAUAUUUAAAUUUGAAUUUAUGCUUGCUCUUGGUACAACUGUUCAUUGUUUUACACCAUUUUAUCGAAGUGCAUUUACAUAUUUUCAAGUUCUGCGUGUUGCUCGUUUACUUAAAUCAAGUCCUCUCCUAGAAGAUUUUCUUAAUAAAAUAUUUGGUCCGGGUAAAAAACUUGGUAGUUUAAUUCUAUUUACAAUGUGUUUACUCUUGAUAACAUCAUCAAUUAGUAUGCAAUUAUUUUGUUUUAUCAAAGGUCUUAAACAAUUUGAAACAUUUCCACGAGCAUAUAUGUCUAUGUUUCGUAUCGCUAUGAAUGAUGGUUGGACAGAAGUGAUGUAUUCAGUAAUGGAUGAAGUUUAUGAAUUUGGAAUAUUCUUUUUAUAUCUAACGGCACUUUUCUUCAUAUUUUUUCAUUUAUUAACUAAUUCAGCAUUUAUAUCAAUGUUUCAAGUUUUAACACAAAAAGGUUGGGUUGAUGUUAUGCAUUAUACAAUGAUACAUAGUUUACAAGAUGUAGCUCCAUUUGUUGCUAUCUAUUUUAUUGUUUAUCAUCUUGCCAUUAAUUUGAUUGUGCUGUCACUUUUCGUUGCCGUUAUUUUGGACAAUCUUGAACUUGAAGAAGAUGUGAAAAUGAUUAGACAGUUAAAAACACGCGAAGCAAGUGCUGAAACUCAACAAAAAUUACCAUGGCGUUUACGUGUAUUCGAACGUUUUCCUGAUCAUCCUCAAAUGAUUGUACUAUCACGUUUACCACAUGAUUUUAUAAUUCCAAAAAUUCGUGAUAGUUUUAUGCGUCAAUUUCUCAAUCAAGAUGAUAUUUAUUCUUAUCCACUUGAACUUUCAAUGAAUAUCUAUAGUAAAAAGCAUACAGUUAAAACAUUACAUAUACCAGAACAUCGACCAACAGGUGAAAGUAUGAAACGAACAGCUGUAUCAAAUAUUAUAAGAAGUGCUAGUAAUCAACGUUUAUUAAGUGGUGAUGCCAGUCAAGUACAUUUAGCGAGUAUGGGUGACAAUAAAAUAUCUGUAUUUGUUCAACAGAAUAAGAUUCGACUUGAUCGAAAAAAUUCAAUGCGUCGGUCAGGUUAUCGACCGAAACCAGUACAUGUUGUUCGUGAAAAUGGAGAUAUUGGAGGAUUACAAGGUCGAAAUCAAGAUGAUUAUGAUAUAAAAGUGUUUCAAUACCGUAAACAACAAGCUGAAUUAAAACGAAAUCAACAAGAAGAAGAUCUUCGUGAAAAUCAUCCUUAUUUUGAUACACCUUUAUUUACAAUAUCACGUGAAAGUAAUUUUCGAAAAUUUUGUCAACUUGUUGUCGAAGCUCGAUACAAUCUGAUUCCGAAAGAUCGCCUCGGACAAGAACCAAAAAUAAGUCGAUAUAAACAAGGAAAUAAAUUUCUUGGUUUGGUUACUUAUCUUGAUUGGAUUAUGAUACUUGUAACAAUUCUAUCUGCAGCUAGUAUGUCAUUUGAAACACCUAUUAGUCGAGUUGUUGAUCGACCAUUAUUACAAAUCGCAGAAUAUGCAUUUGUUAUUUGUAUGAGCGUUGAAUUAACAUUAAAAAUAUUUGCACAUGGAUUAUUUUUUACACCUAAAGCUUUAAUUCGAGAUAUUGGCGGAGCUAUCGAUGUUUCCGUUUUCUUUGUUGGUCUUAUUUAUUUAUGUUGGCUACCACAAAAUGUUCCAGCAAAUAGUGCGGCGCAAUUUCUUAUGCUUCUUCGAUCAGCACGACCAUUACGAAUAUUUAUUCUAGUACCUGAUAUGAGAAAAGUUGUUUAUGAAGUUUGUCGAGGUUUUAAAGAAAUUCUAUUGGUAUCGAUUCUACUCGUUGUAUUAAUGUUUAUAUUUGCUAUUUAUGGUGUUCAAAUAAUUGGUGGUCAAUUAGCUCGUUGUAAUGAUCGAACAUAUUAUAAUGAUCAAGCAUUAUGUCAGGGAACAUUUUGGAGAGAACUUUAUGUAUCAAAAAUGAAUGUUAGUGGAAAUGAUCCAGUUAUGUUAGUACCACGUGUAUGGGCUAAUCCACAUAAUUUUGAUUUUGAUUAUAUUGGAAGUGCAAUGUUAGCUUUAUUUGAAGUUCUUUCACUUGAAGGAUGGCUUGAAAUUCGUGAUAUAAUUAUGGAUCGUAUGGGUCCAGAACAUGCAAUCUUUGUUCAUAUAUUCGUAUUUAUUGGUACAUUAAUUGGUUUAACUCUAUUUGUUGGUGUUGUUAUUGCAAAUUAUUCCGAAAAUAAAGGAACAGCUUUAUUAACAGUUGAUCAACGUCGUUGGAUGGAUUUAAAAGGUCGUAUUAAACUUGCUCAACCAUUACGUACACCACCUCGACCAGAAAAUAGCAAAUUUCGUUCAUAUAUAUUUGAUAUAACACAAAAUCGUUUAUUUAAAAAAUCAUCGGCUGUACUUGUUCUACUGAAUUGUGCAUUACUCUAUAAACCAUGGAAAGCAAAAGAAAAAAUAACACAAAUCUCCGCAUUAAUUUCAUCAUUAUUUACAUUUUUAUUUCUUGUUGAAGCUGUUAUGAAAUCUAUUGCAUUAGGUUUCGUGGGUUAUUGGCAAUCACGUCGUAAUCGUUUUGAUUUAUUAGUUACUAUACUUGGAAUUGGAUGGAUUGUAUUAAAUUUUAUUUCUAUAGGACAAAGUGACCUUCAAGAAUUUAGUAAUACAUUUGGAUUUACUGUAAUCAUACUUCGAUUUUUUACUAUUGCCGGAAAACAUGCGACACUUAAAAUGCUAAUGUUAACCAUUAUUGUAUCAUUUUUUAAAUCGUUUUUUAUUAUUCUUGGUAUGUUUUUAUUGAUGUUAGUAUAUGCAUUUGCAGGUGUUAUAUUAUUUGGUUGCGUUAAAUUUGGUCCGGAACUUGGACGACAUGCGAAUUUUAAAACUGUACCAAAUGCAAUUGUUCUUCUGAUGAGAAUUGUAACAGGUGAAGAUUGGAAUAAAAUUAUGCAUGAUUGUAUGGUUGUACCACCACGAUGUACACGUGGUGGAUCUUAUUGGGAAAGUGAUUGUGGAAAUUCGACAGCAUCAAUACUUUAUUUUUGUUCAUUUUAUAUUAUAAUCACUUAUAUCGUACUGAAUCUUCUUGUUGCUAUUAUUAUGGAGAAUUUUUCAUUAUUUUAUUCGAAUGAAGAAGAUGCAUUACUUAGUUAUACUGAUAUUCGACAUUUUCAAACUGUUUGGAAUAUGAUCGAUACGGGAAGAAAAGGUGUUAUACCAGCACGACGUGUUAAAUUUUUAUUACGAUUACUUCGAGGUCGAUUGGAAGUAGAUGCAGAAAAACUUUAUAAACAUAUGUGUUAUGAAAUUGAAAAAUUAAAUAAUGGUAAUGAUGUAACAUUUCAUGAUGUACUCAAUAUGUUAGCAUAUCGUUCGGUUGAUAUACGUAAAUCAUUACAAUUUGAAGAAUUAUUAGCACGUGAAGAACUUGAAUAUUUAAUAGAAGAAGAAGUAGCUAAAUUAACAAUUCGUAAUUGGCUUAAUAAAUGUUUAAAAAGGAUUAAAACAAAAGAUCAAACAAAUGUUAUUAAAAGUUUACAACGUAGUAAUGAAUUAGCAUUUUUUCGUGAAGCACAAGCAUUAACGACGAGUGAAACAUUGAAAAAGCCAGCUGAUAGUACAAGUGGUGAAGAAGAACGACGAUUGAAAAGUACUGAGGAUCGUCAACAACAACAGCAACAACUACAAUCUCAACAAACACAAAAAGAUGUAGCUAAAAGAAAACUUGAUAGAACAAUAACAUUACCAACACCUUCAAAUGACAAUUCAAAUUAUCGAACACAAGCAGGUACACGUGAUACACCUGUUGAACCGAAAGGACCGAAACGACAAAUGCAUCAACAAUUACAACAGAAUAUGAGUGUUAAUUUAAGUAAUGAUGAAUCUUAUCCAUGGCGACCUUGGCAAGCAAGUAGUUAUAAUAAUGGACGAAAAGAUGUUGAAUCAUGGUGGACAAAUCAAUUUCAAAUGUCAACAUAG